AUGGCCUCCUUUCAAACCGCUGUGCGGUCGACCCAGAAGGUCGCGCACAAUGCCUUGAGAAGCAGGCCCAUCUCCGAUAUUGCCAUCACCCGUACAGGCAAACCCAUCCUGCGAACCCAGGGCGGAAGACACUCUCUUGGUGCUCGCCAAGGAUGCACCGUUAUCGUCCCUUUCCGUGAGGAGAUGGCCAAGCGCCACUUGAAGGUCUCUGGUGACCUUGGCCGAGUCGUCUUCCUUGAGUACGACCUCUACAACACCCAAUCGAUCGAAGAGAGCGUUAGACAUUCCGAUGUUGUCUACAACCUGGUCGGCCGUGACUACCCCACCAAGAACUACUCCCUCGAGGAUGUCCAUGUCGAGGGAACUGAGCGGAUAGCUGAGGCUGUUGCCAAGUACGAUGUCGAUCGCUUUAUCCACGUCUCCAGUUACAACGCCAACCUCGAGUCAACAUCCGAGUUCUUCCGCACCAAGGCCCGUGGCGAGCAAGUCGCUCGCAGCAUCUACCCCGAGACCACCAUUGUGCGGCCGGCGCCCGUCUUCGGUUUCGAAGACAACCUCCUUCUGAAGCUCGCUAACGUCAUGAACCUCUUCACUGCCAACAACAUGCAAGAGAGAUUCAGGCCCGUCCACGCUCUCGAGGUCAUGCUCUACGACGACAGCACAGCAGGUCAGACCUACGAGCUUUACGGCCCCAAGGAAUACUCGAUGGCCGAGAUUGCCGAGUUUGCCGACCGUGAGAUUUUCAAGAAGCGCCGCCACAUCAACCUCCCCAAGGCUGUCCUCAAGCCUAUCGCCGGUCUCCUGAACAAGUACCUCUGGUGGCACACCAUGUCUGCCGACGAAGUUGAGCGUGAAUUCAUUGACCAGGAGAUUGACGAGACCGCCAAGACAUUCAAGGACCUCGGCAUCGAGCCCGGUGACAUUAGCAAGUUCACAUACCAUUACCUGCAAGGUUUCCGCAGUGCCAACUUCUACGACCUGCCCCCUGCAACAGAGAAGGAGAAGAAGGAGGAGCGCAAGUACCUGCACGUUCUUGACGAACUUAGCAGUCCUUUCACCUCACUCAAGAUGAGCAUCUCAGACAGCGAGGACGAGCCUCUUGCUCUCUCCUCGCACGCGUUGGCGGCGCUGGCCGAAUUCAAGGCCGAGGAGGAUGCCCGUCUGAAAGAGUUUGAGAGGCUCCAGGAACUAGCGGAGGCGAAUGCGGCCAAGAAGGCGCCGAUAUCCAUGGCGGCGUUCAUGGAGGACUGGAAUAAGUCGCAAUUUUGGUAUUCUGACGAGACGGCGGGUUUCUUGGCGAGGCAACUCCUCGAGGGCGCUGAUGCGGAUACCACGAUUGCGAUUGUGUCUGCGCCCAGUGUGUUUGUUGCUCUGCAUAAUAUCCUGACUGCGCGAGACGAGAGCGAGGCCCGGCCAAAGGUCUUUUUGCUGGAACACGACAACCGCUUCAACGUCUUCCCUGAGUUCGUCUUUUACGACUUUGCGCAGCCCUUCAAGCUCCCGGGUGAGCUCAAGGGUGUCGUAGACCGCUUCGUCAUCGACCCGCCAUUCCUCAGUGAGGACUGCCAGACCAAGACCGCCAUGUCGGUCCGGUGGAUGAUGAAGCCGGAUGUCGCCGAAAAGGGCCGCGUCAUCGUCAGCACUGGCGAGCGCAUGGCCGAGUUGGUGAACAGGGUAUACAAGCCCCUCGGUGUCAGAACCGUCACAUACGAGCCGAGCCACGAGCGAGGGCUCAGCAACGAGUUUCGGUGUUACGCAAACUUUGAGUGCAAAGACUGGACGUGGCGGGAGGCGGCUUCGAGUUGA